AUGUCUGCAAGAACCACCUACCUGCUCGUGGACAACACGUCCCACGUGCUGCGGGCAAACGAGUCCGCCCUCUCGCUGGUGUCCUUCUUCGUGUACAACUACCUCAUCAACCCGAUCGUGUUCAACAAGUCCAACAAGGUCUCCCUCAUCCGACACCCGCAGGCGGUCACGGACGCCGACAACAGGGCGUUGGCCUGGAACGACAUCGUGCGCUUUGUGGCGGCCUUGGAGACGCCCCACGGUGGCGACCCCGCCAACCAGACAGAUCUAAUGAAGGCCGUCACAGACGUCCUCCAGUCGGUCUCCUUCGGGCUGGGCAGGCUCAAGAGCUGCGACGUCCUCGUCGUGUCGGCCUUCGACUUCGACUACGACUGGGAGCUCUUCGGGAACAAGAUCAAGACCCUCGUGGAGACACACGACAACCUCAACUUGAUCUUCGUUGACUCGUACGCCGCAUCCACGUCUGCAGACAGCCUUGCAGAGGCCAGAGACAAGUACCACGACGCCAACAUCAGGUACAUCAACAAAACGGUCGUCAACGCCAACAUGAACAACGAGCAGAACUUCACCUACACCUUGGGUGACGCCAUCUCCGCCCUGACCAAGUUCUCGUUGUUCACUCCGAAGUUCAAGAAACCCGUCGAGAUCUACUCCUACAAGCUGCAGCUGCUCGGGAUCCCGGACCUCGAGCUCGACAUCUCUGCUUACCCGUUUGUGAAAAGGAGCAGCCUGACCGACUACGUGGCCUCCACCUCUAUUGAUGUCAGGACCCAGCAGAGAAUCAAAGAGAAGUACGUCUACUACUACGAAGAGGAGGGCACGGAGAAGGAGAACUUUGGCGAAAAGGAGGCCAAGGAAAUCCAGAACCCGGAAUUCAUCAUCGAGGGAUACAAGUUCGGUACGUCGAACUUCCUACUCACAGACUUGCCGGCAAACGUGUUCAGCAUGAACUCGAUCAAGUCCAUGACUAUCGCCUCCUUUGUUCCAAAGUCUACGGUCCCUCCGUGGUACCUCCACCAGGACUCCUUGAUCGUCCUUCCCUCGAGCAAAAACACCAAGGACGGCUCCCACACCAUCAACAAAGACAUGGCAAUCUACUCGGAGCUCUGGUACGCCAUGGUUCGUCUGAACGUCGUGGCCAUGGUGCGGUACGUUAAGAGAAACGGAACAGACGUCAGGUACGGGAUACUGUACCCGCAGGGGUUUGUCGACGAGCAGUCGGAGGUGAGCGGCGUCAUUGACUUUGGGUGCUUCAUCUUUGUCGAAACAAUCUUCAGGGACGACGAGAAGCUGGUCAAUUUGCCCGACCUUGUAAACCGGAAAAUCAGCGACCCCAAGCUGGAGUCAGAAAUGGACGCCCUGGUGGACUCGUUCUGUCUCGACACGGACGACGUCGACGACGACGUUGACCAGCCCGAUGAUCUCCCUACUGUCGAGUCAUGCGUCGUCUCCAUGAACGACAUUCCAAACAACGAUAUGUUCUACGGACUCAGAGAAGAAAUCCUUGAAGAGUCCGGACUUACGUCCGACCAACAGGGGGACACCCAUCUCCUAGCUAAAACGGUCACAACCGCAAUACGAAAGUACAACCACCCGCUCAUGUCGAUCGAAAGGUUAGUCUACCUGAUCUCCUUCUUCAUCCUGCAGCAGCACAUGCAGGAAGCCGGAGGAGGCGACCCGACAUCGUUGUACAGCAUGUACGAGAAACAUGGGAUUCCAAUGCAGGUCAUUGAGAAGUGGUUGGACACCGCCAAGACGGGGGGCGUUUUCAGGCCCACGGCGUUAAACAAAGAUUAUAAAUGA